AUGCAAAUUUUCCCUCAUCUCCAUGAUCUUCUUCAUUCUCCAUUUCUAGAUUCGUCACUCUUCAUCCAUUAUCACACACAUUCAAUCAUUCUUCACCUCCAUAACUGCCACGCCAUUUUCCGCAACCAGGCUCUCACCUUUAACCUUCAUCAUCAUCAACUAAUCCUCCAUAAUCAUUUCUCAACCUUCAUCAUCUUCAAUCACAAACAUAUGCUUCAUCAACCGUCAACUUCAAAUAUUCAUCUAAUCACAACAAUAACAACAUCAUCACCACAAUUUCUGCACAACAAGGUAUCUCUACAUCAACUACACAAGAUCAACAACCGAAACCACAGGAAAAAAUAA